GUGCGCACGCAUCUACGUCAGGCAGGGUGGAUGGAUGAAAAUAUGACUAUUCUUUGGUGAGCUGUUGAGGUGAAUAAUCCGAGUGCAUAAUUUUGACGCAAUUCUAUAAAGGACGCACACAGCUUUCAUACUGUUUGGUUACAUUGAUAUUUAUCAUUUUUAUACUUGAUCUUACCUUUCUCGAAGUCAGUGAAUAGUGAGUGUAAAAAUGGUGUCCGGUGGAAUGACUUGCAUCAAAUACCUGACGUUUCUUUUCAACUUGAUAUUCGCCAUUACAGGAAUUGUAUUCAUUGCAGUUGGCACUGUGAUCUUGGUGGUUUAUAGUGGCUACAAUAAUUUUAUGGACAGUUGGUUCUUUACAGGACCAGUAUUGAUGAUUGUAGUUGGUGUUAUUGUGUUUAUUGUGUCAUUCUUUGGUUGUUGUGGAGCUGUCAAAGAGAAUCAUUGCAUGAUAUUAACAUUUUCUGUGUUACUGCUUUUAAUCUUUGCACUUGAACUUGGUGCUGGAAUUGCUGGAUAUAUGAUGAGUGGAGAAGUGCGUACAAUGGUAGAACAUCGAUUAAAUACCACUAUGGAAGAAUACUCAACCAAUAAUGAUAUUCGUAAAUCUUGGGAUAUUAUGCAACAUGAUUUGGAAUGUUGCGGAAUGGUUGGCCCUAAUGAUUGGGCUCAUGUUGGAUUCCCAGAAAAUACUAUACCAAAUUCGUGUUGUAAAGAAGUACCAGAAGGAAGUAAAUGUGACUCAAAUUCGAUUCAUAUACAUCUAAAAGGUUGUAUGGGCAAUCUUCAGUCUGCUACUGAGCAUAAUGCUUUGAUCUUGGGUGGUGUUGGCAUUGGCAUUGCUAUUAUUCAGCUAAUUGGAGUCGUCUUUGCAUGUUGUCUGGCACGUUCAAUUCGUCGCGAGUACGAGACUGUCGAGACUGCAGCGCACUGAUUCAACACCCAAUAGGAGGCAUUAUAACUAAAUAUUGUUUGUCGUGCAUUCAUUAAGAGAAUAAUUCUAGAGUCGUCGCAAGACCAUUUAUUUAGAACUUGGCUGUAGAUUAAUCAGUAUUUAUCUGCAGUCUAGCUUAAGAGCAAAGCAAAUUAUUGGAGAAUAUAAUUCAAUAUACUGCCAUUAUCUGCCAAAUGAUUGAGACCAAUUGUCUCUUUCUUAGACUGCACUGUAUGUGGAAUUAAAGCUUAUGGCAUGGGAAUGUUUAAAAAAGAGAUAGAAAGGUCAUAACAUAUUUGGCUUCACGUUUAUUGCAAUUUAAAAGGCUCUUUCAGAACUUGAUUUCUUGGAAAGAAAAAUUGUCUUUCAAAUUUUAUCUCUAUGUAACAUGUUAAAUUCAUUCUAACUAUUGUAUUUAUAUAAAAUAUAUUUUUUCUAUACACAUA